AUGAGGAUGUAUUCCUCUUCGAGCCGGAAACAACAGCAGCAGCCACCACAACCUGCUAGUCCUCCUCCACCCAAGGACAAGUACGAGCGAUUUGAACAAUGGCUGAGAGACAACGGUGCCAAGUUCGAAUUGUUGGAACUUCGCGAGUAUGACGCGGCCAAGAACGCCCCUCGUGAGGAAGAGGAAGUGGGCGAAGAAAAGAAAGAGCCGACAACCACGGAAGAGUCGGAAAUGAGAGGCGUUCAUGCCAGAACCCACAUUCCCCCCAACACUGUCUGCGUUACCAUUCCUCGCCGUUGUCUCAUCACGGUGGAAAUGGGACAGGCAACACCCAUUGGCCAAGCCAUUCUGGACUCGGACUUGGACCUCGAUGCCCCCAAGCACAUUUUCUUAAUGAUCUACUUGCUCUGGGACCGCAAAAUCAAUGGCUCGUCCUCGUUCUUUCACCCGUACUACGAAAUUCUACCCAAAACUUUACGCAACAUGCCCAUCUUUUGGACGCCUGACGAACUCGCCAACUUGGAAGGCAGUUAUUUACUCACCCAGAUUGCCGACCGCAAUGAAGCCAUUGCGGAAGACUUUCACGCUAUUUGCCAAAUUGCUCCUUUGGCACAGAUCUGCACGUUGGAGGAAUUCAAAUGGGCUCGGAUGGAGACGAAAUGGACUUUUGACGAAGAUCGUCAAGCAUUCACCAUUACCACUCUUCAGCACAUUCCAGGGGGUGCUCAGGUCUAUGAUUCUUAUGGACAAAAGUGCAACCAUCGUUUUCUACUCAACUAUGGCUUUGCUGUAGAAGACAACCGUGAAAUUGAUGGAUUCUGCCCCGAUGAAGUCCCUCUGGAGCUGUACGUUUCCCCCGAUGAUCCCUUAUUUCCCCAAAAGUUGGACUUUUGGACGCGAGGGGAAGUGGGAUCCAGUUCGUCAUCGACUCAGCAUGCUCUGCAUUUGCCAUCACCAUCGUCGGGAGGACAACCAUCGUCUUCCAUUCACAGCAAGAACCAGCAGUAUCAUCGCUCUACAUCGGCGCCAAUGUCGUCAUCCACUACAGCGCCAUCCAACGGAUCAAGCGCUGUAGCAGCAGCCAAUGGGUCUCCCGUUAUAAAACGAAUUCGAAUUUGUGUCUCGAACAAUGAAAAUACACGGCUGCUGUUCAGCCUGUUGAGAGCACUGGUAUGCAACCGAGAAGAGCUCCGUGCCGUCACGUCUCCCGUCUCCAGCGAUGCUUCCGUGAGUCGGGCGUUGUUUGGUAUUACUGAUCCCAGUCGCACUGUGACGGCAUCAUCGGGCACGACAACCACCUACUACAGAACAUGUCGGGACAUUCGACACCCCAUCAACUUGCGCAAUGAGCGUGCGUCAAUGAGGCUCUUAUUGGAAGUCAUCGGACGACAGUUAUCGCGCUACCCAACAACCUUGGCACAGGAUGUUGCCGAUCUUAUGGAUGAACGGGCACUCCCCAGAUUCAGCAAUAAGCGUCAUGCAAAAAUUCAAGUAAGAGGAGAAAAGGAAGUCUUGCAUCACUUUGCUCGAUGGGCCAGGACUUCGCUCGAUGUUUUGGAUGUGAUUGAAGCCGAAUUAAAGGAGGAAGCUGGUGUAGAAGUCCAAAUGACCAGUGCUGGGCGUACCAUAACGGAAGAACGCCCUGGCUUCGAAUUAGUGAUUCGUCGCAUGGAAGAAGAGGACUCCGGCAGCCUUCACCACACGAUCCUGCGAUAUUGCGCAGAUGUAUUGGGCAGUUUACGGAGAGAAGAGUACAAGUUACGGCGCAGGCGGGUUCAUUCGAAGCCAACUUUUGUCAGCAAAAGUAGCGGGAGUAGCAGUGGCAGCUUUUUCUAG